CCGAUAAGUGGCAGUGCACAGCUGUUUUUGUCUGUUUUCGUCUGUCUUGGGUAUGUAACUAUUUGAAGUUUGUCGGUUUGAUUUCCCUUGUCAAAGGUUUGGACGGACAACCUCCAAUGUCUGCUCUGCAAGCCGUCAAACGGUUUCGAAUACGGGAGCUGGGGGUUGUCACUCCCGCUCUUGUGAAAUCUGCUCCCAAGGCCAAGUUAUCUCCUAGCCCGGCAUCCUCAUCUCGUAACAAGGUUCCAGUUACUAGCAUCGAUAAUCCCUUCCUUCCGAAGCUCAAUCCAAAGACGGGCAGAUGGGCGCCGCCAAAGUACUCCCUGCGCCAACAGGCUAUGCUUAUCAAGAACGCUCGUGAAUCUGGCACGCUGACGCUUCUACCUCCUGGUCCUAAAAUUUCAGCGGCAGAAAUUGCUGCUGCUGCUUCUGCGCAUGCUAUCAUUCCAGGGCUCUCGGCGUCAGAAAAAUACAAAGUUCAAAGUACUGCCGCACCGUGGACGCGCCCAAUAGAAUGGACAGGCGAGGUGAAGGAGAAGAAAGUUCUUGGUGCGGAGGUUGGGAACAGGUUGUAUGCAGGGAAGAAGCGGAUGUUCAAGGGGCACAAGUGGCAACGCACUGCAGAGAAGAGGGGGAAACGAAGGGCAUUGCUCAUGCGCAGUAUGCCGAAGCGUAUCACAGAAUUUAAGCAGUAUUACAAGAGGAGACGUCCACACCCUCUCAAACCUCCCCGCACCGCUAAGAACGCGAAACUUCCGUUCUAGAUUUGUUUGCUACUUGCUGACCGUUAGAACUCCAGACCUUGAAAGAAGGAAGACAGCCGCUCUUUAAUACGUGUUUGUUCUGGAUGGAAACAGCGAUCAAAAUUUUGUAUCAGCCCAAACAUAACUUACUUAUUAUCCUGUGGCGGAGUGGCAACUAUAGACUAGUAACAACCUGCAGACUCAUCGCUGUGUCAACAACUUGCAACGUAUGCAUCCAACCGUGAUAUCAUGAUGACUUUUCUCCCUUGCUGUAACAGAGCGCGUGAUGGAUGCUACCACCCCAGGACCUGCAAUGCUCCAGCACUGGCAGUGCACUGAAAGACAAUCUCUGGUUGGUCACUAAUACUUCGACACGCAGUCAAUGCAGGACGGAUCACGAGGACUGCCUUAGUAGGUCCGGUAAACACGGGACCGAUGAAAGA